AUGUAUUUGCUAUAGUACACCAAGACAAGCACAGCCCUGCCCCUCCUCAUCAUGUGACUGAUCACAUGGUCAUGACAUCAUGGAAGGUCCUUUUCCCUUGUAGAGUGUGCCAUGGCUGACAACUGGAGGCCUCCCCGAGACUGUGAUGACUAUUGGGAUGAAUGGAAAUACUGCAAGAGCUUAAAGAACCGUUUCCACUAUUACUACACUUAUGGUGGAAAACCAGCCUGCCAGCAGUGGAAGGAAGACUACACGGCCUGUAAAGAGUGGGAGAAGAAGAGGAGUCAGACAGCCAAGGAAGCUCUAAUACAGAGCGAGAAAGCAAGGGUAAAAGAGAGACAGAAUAACAACCCAGUGUGGACCAUGAGAAAGCGACCUCCUGUAGACUGGUAUCUACCUCUUGACAGAGAUAAGCCUCAGCAGCAAGACUGAGACUUCCUUCCUGGAACUAGAAAUACUACAAAGCUUUCACUUAUGUCAUUUAUUUAAUGUAUUUGUACUUGGGAUAUUUACAGAUAUACAUUCUGUUUUAAAGACAAACUUUUUUUUAUUAUGAAAAAAUGUGUCUGGAUUUAAAUAAAGAAAAUGUUCUCCUAA